AUGGCAUCUCUUCAUAUUCCAUGCACCACCACCGCCACCACCCCUUCCUCCGCCACCCGCCCCUCCUCCCGCCACCACUUCGCCAAGCCAUCCCAUCUCAUCACACACGCAAAGCGAAACAACCGCCUCCAAAUUUCUUGCUCCGAUAGCCAAAAACAGAAAGAUUCAUCCCAAAAUGCUGACACUCCCCAAGGGAACGUCGACCGGAGGAACGUCCUUUUGGGAUUCGGCGGCCUCUGCGGAGCGGCCAACCUGAUCUCAACUCACACCGCUUCGGCCAAUCCCGUGCAGGCACCGCAGAUUGACAAAUGCGGUGUCGCAACGAACUUGAACACCGGCAAACAACUCGAUAUCAACUGUUGCCCGCCGAUGGGGAAAAACAUCAUCGAUUUCAAGCCCCCUCCUCUCGUCCAAAUGAGAACAAGGCCAUCGGCUCAUAGAGUCUCCGCAGAGUACAUGUUCAAGUACAACACCGCGAUCGACCGCAUGAAGCGUCUCCCGAAGGACGACCCUCGUAGUUUCAUGCAGCAAGCCAAUAUUCAUUGCGCUUACUGCAACGGCGCUUACGAUCAACCGGGGCAGGGCACUCUGGAUUUACAAGUCCACAAUUCAUGGCUAUUCUUUCCGUUCCAUCGAUGGUACCUAUAUUUCUACGAAAGAAUCCUCGGGAAAUUGAUCGGAGACCCGACAUUUGCCUUGCCGUUCUGGAACUGGGACAAUCCCAAGGGCAUGACAAUCCCUCCCAUGUUCGUCGAUCCGAAAGCCGCGAUCUACGACGCUAAGCGCAAUCCGGCCAAUAUGCCGCCGGCGGUGGUGGAUCUCGGCCUUACCGGAAACAAGGACCCUCUUCAGGUCGUGUCGAACAAUCUCACCGUGAUGUACUCGGAGAUGGUUCGUGCUAACUCGGAUAUCUACGACUUCAUGGGGAAGCCUUACCGCGAGGGAACCCUAGUCAACCCUGGCCCCGGGGCGUCGGAGCGUGGGUCCCACGUUGCCAUCCACGUGUUCGUGGGGGACCCUCGCGAGCCGAGUGGAGAGGACUUGGGAAACUUCUACUCGGCCGGGCGGGACCCGCUCUUCUACUGCCACCACGCGAACGUCGACAGGAUGUGGACAUUGUGGCAGUACUUCCUCCCGAACAACAAAUUGAUUGACAAAAAGAUCACCGAUCCCGAUUACCUCAACGCCUCGUUCCUAUUCUACGACGAGAACGCCCAGCUCGUCCGCGUGACCGUUAAGGACUGUUUGGACAACACAAAAUUGGGGUACGAUUUCGAGAGAGUCGAUCUCCCGUGGCUCGACUACAGGCCGCCCCCACAGACGGCACAAGCCAAGGUCAUGAGAACCGUCUCGACCACUCGGAAGGCCGACGCGGUCUUCCCUCUGAAACUCGACGGGAUCGCUAGGGUUUUGAUUCAGAAGACGAAGAAAGGAAAAGCGGACGAGUUGCUCGUGAUAGAGGAUAUAACGGUGGACACGAGCAAGUUCCUCAAAUUCGAUGUGUUCGUGAACGACGAGGACGAUAACGUAGGGGAGCUAGACAAGGCGGCGUACGCCGGGACGUACGCGCAGGUCCCGCACAAGACGAACGAGAAAACGGCGACGACUACUAUUAGGUUGAAGCUGACGGAAUUGUACGACGACAUGGACGUGACCGAAGACGACACCGUGUUGGUGACACUGGUGCCUAGGCAUGAGGGUGAGGGUGUCACCAUUGGUGGGAUCAAGAUAAUCGAGAACCCCACGCCUGCCAAAACAUCAUAG